CGAUUCCAUCCAUUCGCUUCGGUCGUGCAUGCCACUUGGUCUUUGGCUUUCCAGAAAAAAUCAAUUCCGUUUGUCUCAACGGAAGCCCAACUAUAAAAGUGCGCUGUAUCAAAACAAUCGUUAUUAUUUGGAUAUCAACCCGAUGAACACUGAGCAAUACGUUUACACGAGCUAACUGUCUCCAUCGCGUGUGAAAAGUUACUAAAGAAAGCAAAACAAAAACACUACAAUAGCCAAAACGGUUACUGUUCAUUUACAAGCAAUUAUAAAAGAUAAUUUGAUUUGUUGUGGCUUACGCAAGGCCAAAACAACAACAACAACCACAGCAACAAUUAUAAUUACAAAAAAACACUACAACAACUGCAACCAAAAUCCCAAUUUGGAUUUAUUAAUAGCGCAGAAUAAAUAAAAAACAGAACAACGUUCAACAAUUCUGUAAAAAUACAACAAAUUGCCAACAGCAGCAUCCAACAUGUCUAUUGCCAGUGUUCAUGGUCCCCAGAUCGCCGACAUCUGCAGUCCCCUAUCGCAUCACAAUCUCGGUCUGUCCGCGUCGUUGCCAGAUCUAGUGGGAAGUCCCCUGGAGAUCAGCAUGGACAACGUGAUGACCAUUGAGGAGUUGCGCCAGCAUAUGGGCUCCUGCUUUACCUGCGGCGUCUCCUGGACAGAUGAUCAUGUCUCAUUGGACUGCAGCGAGUGCGGUGGCUACAGCCUGGAGCGUCCCUGCCCCCUGUGCGACGGCCAGUGCGGUGUACAGUGGAAGCGAGACUUUGCCAUGUCCCAUGCCUGCAGUCAAGCGCGCUGGGUGGGCGUGUGCAUCAGCUACCCGGAGGCAGUGUCCGGAGUCCAGCUGCCAGGAGGUGCUGGACCCAGCACUUCGUGUGCUGCCGCUGCGGCGAAUCAACUGCGUCUGGCCCAGGAGCUGUGCUCCCGUCUGGAACAACUGUCCACCUCAUCGGCGAGCAAAAGCGCCCGCACCUAGAGCUGGCCCCCCCGCCACCAGAGUUCCUCCAACAACAGCCAGACUGCAGCACCGCCUCCACAUAAGCCGCACCCGCACACACUCAUUCAUCCAGAUAGCAGUUAGCUGAAGGCAGCCCCGCGGCUCCAAUCCCGUAGUUGGUGCCGUGGAUCCACCUCCACACACACAAAAACACACACAACCACAAAACAAACAGACACACACACCACACAGUCUCUCACCCGUAAUUUAGGGCUUAAUUGCUAAGCUUUUUAGUUCUUAGUUUUUAUUGUUGUGUCGCGUUGAGAAUUCUCUUUCAUUUCAUUUAUAUUCUAUGAUUAUUAUUUUUUGUGUUUCGUUCGGUUGCGUUUCGUUCGCUCUUGCUGGCUGUGUGACUGUGCAAAUGAUUAGCGAAGUUAGUUCUUUUGUUUAACGCUUUUAAUGGCACCACUUUUGUUUGCACACAUGACACCAGGCAAUUCUAUCCAGGAAAAGACUUCUUUCUGCGUAGACUUAAGCCAAGUUUUUUGGCAAUGCAGUGAUAACGGUGAUAUUAGGCGGCCAGAAAGAAUCGUGAACAAAUAGUGAAUUUAAUAUGAUGUAGCAAAAAUGUCUAACGAUAGCUAUAGCUAUACCAAUACCUAUAUCUAUAUCUAUCUACAAACUAUGUCGAUAGCGAUACGAUAAUAAUUUUUGUAUACUUACACACAGACCGAUACAGAACAGACCGACACCGAACAGACCAGACCAGACCCCUUUUGUAACUGUCUAGAGAUCGUUGUUGUUGUUAACAAUUAGUUUCGUUAUAGUUGUUGCUUUGUGGUUCGAGGCACAAAUCAGAUCAAAGCAAAACCCAAAAAAAAUAUUGAUGGUGCAUUCCGAAACUAAAGAAAGAAAUGAAUCUUAUCUUCCAUAAUGCAUAAUGCUCAACAAAGUAACUAAAGGAUUGUACGACAUAUAGUCUCUGUCUCUCUCUAUCGCUCUGUUCAAAGGGGAAAAGCGAAAUCGCAA